GGAGCAGCCCCGGACCCCGCGCCCUCCCGCGCGCCCCCGCCCCCGCGUGCGAGGCGCCGCGCCCUCCCGCCGCCCUGCCCGGUGCACGGAGGGGCCCGCGCGCGCGGGGGAUGACCUGGGGGUGGCUUUCGGAGCCGGCGGCCGCGCUGGACGUCCCCGGGCGCAGCCAGUGGCGUUGAGAGUGAGCCAAGGCCUGGACUGUGCUUUGGAAGUCCGUCCUGCCCGCUUCUGUGACCUAGCGCUAUGCAUCCAGUCCCCGGGCCCGCGCAGACAGUGCUCUUCAUGAUCCUGACCCUUCGGUGCUCUUCCGUGCAUUCAGACUUGGCGCCUUAUUUCAUUUCUGAGCCGCUGUCUGCUGUCCAGAAACUUGGCGGAACUGUAGAGCUCCGUUGUUCGGCCGGACCUGUGACCGCUCACAUCUCGUGGUUGCAUGAUGGGAAAAGAUUGGAUAGAAGCGUGGAACAGAUUAAGAUUCAUCAGGGGACGUUGACUCUUCUCUCCCUUAACCCCUCCCUUGUGGGUUCCUACCAGUGUGUUGCCAACAAUAGCGUCGGUGCGAUUGUGAGUGGCCCCGCAAUGGUUUCCGCUGCCGUUCUUGGUGAUUUUGGCGCCUCGACCAAGCAUGUUGUUAUCGCGGAAGAGAAAGGCACCGGCUUCAUUGGCUGCCAGGUCCCCCCGAGUAACCCCAAAGCCGAGGUGCGCUAUAAAGUCCGGGGGAAGUGGCUGAAACAUUCGACAGAGAAUUACUUAAUCCUUCCAUCAGGAAAUCUUCAGAUUUUGAAUGUGUCCUUAGAGGACAAAGGAUCAUACAAAUGUGCAGCUUUUAAUCCUAUUACACAUGAACUAAAACUUGAACCCGUUGGCCGAAAGCUCCUUGUGAGUCCCCCCUCCUCGGGCCACGUGCACAUCCUCCACCCGACCCUGGCCCAGGUCCUGGCCGUCGUGGCCCACAGCCCCGUCAUGCUGGAGUGCGUGGUGAGUUCCGGGUCCGUCCCGGCCGUGCACUGGCUGAAGGAUGGGCAGGAUGUGGUGCUGGGCAGCAGGUGGAGAAGGCUGCACACACACCUGGCGACGGACCGCAUCGACCCCAGGGACGCCGGCAACUACUCCUGCUUGGUGGGCGGCGGCUCUGGUGAGGUGAAGCACGCCACGUACACAGUCCGCGUGCUCGAACACGCUUCCAUUUCUAAAGGACUGCAGGACCAAACAGUACCGCUGGGCUCCACGGUACAAUUUACGUGCGAUGUUCAUGGGAACCCGGCCCCCAACCGCACCUGGUUUCAUAACGCACAACCUCUUCAUCCCUCUCCACGGCAUCUGACGAUAGGAAGUGGCCUGCAAAUCAGUGGUGUUACUGUGGAAGAUUCUGGGUUGUAUCAGUGUCUUGCAGACAAUGGGAUUGGAUUUAUGCAGUCGACUGGGAGACUUGAAGUUGUAAAAGAUGGUGGACUCAAGCCAGUCAUAAUUACAGCGCCCACAAACACUCAGGUGGUAGAUGGAGACUUUGUUACUUUGUCCUGCAAUGCCACUGGCAUGCCGGUCCCUGUCAUCCGUUGGUAUGACCGGCAAGGAUUGAUAACCAGCCAUCCCUCCCAGGUCCUACGAUCUAAAUCUCGAAAAGCACCCAUAGGAAGACCCGGGGGCUUGGACCCGGAACCCCUUUACUUCAUCAUGUCGCGAGCUGGCUCCAGCUCCCUGUACAUCCAGGCUGUCACUCCGGAGCAUGCUGGCAAGUACACCUGUGAGGCCAGCAAUGCACACGGCACUGCACAGUCCGACGCCGUGCUCACGGUCGUUCCCUUUGAAACAAAUACAAAAACGGACAUGGUCACACCAGCCAGUGCCACCCAGGAUGACAGCAGAGAUGCUCCCGAAACCGCCUUAUCAGACGCUCUCCCGGCGCAGGAAGCAUCAGCAGAGAAAAAUGCUACUGGCACCUCUGUCCCCGACGCCCCCAUCAUUCUGAGCCCCCCACAGACCCACACACCAGACACGUACAACCUGGUCUGGCGGGCAGGCAAGGACGGUGGGCUACCCAUCAACGCCUAUUUUGUGAAGUAUCGGAAGCUGGAUGAUGGAACGGGCGUGGCGGGAAGCUGGCACACAGUUCGAGUCCCCGGAAGUGAAAAUGAGCUCCAUCUGUCCGAGCUGGAGCCUUCCAGUCUCUAUGAAGUCUUGAUGGUAGCCCGAAGUGCCGCAGGGGAAGGGCAGCCGGCCAUGCUCACCUUCCGCACCAGCAAAGAGAAAACAGCAUCAUCAAAAAACACCCCAGUGUUGUCUCUGCCCGUGGGGCUCCCGAAGCACCCCGUGGUCCCAGAGGCUGCAGAGAGUUUUGGAGUGGUUCUUCCUGCAGACCCUUCCAGGCACAGCGGAGUGCCGGAAGCCCCUGACCGACCUACGAUUUCCACGGCCUCAGAAACUUCUGUCUAUGUCACAUGGAUCCCUCGGGCAAAUGGGGGCUCUCCCAUCACUGCCUUCAAGGUGGAAUAUAAGCGCAUGAGGACGAGCGAUUGGCUGGUUGCGGCAGAAGACAUCCCUCCCUCCAAACUCUCCGUGGAAGUCCGGAGUCUCGAACCAGGUUCGACGUACAAAUUUAGGGUCAUUGCAAUCAACCACUAUGGGGAGAGUUUUCGGAGCUCGGCCUCUCGUCCUUACCAAGUGGCAGGAUUCCCCAAUCGUUUCUCGAAUCGCCCCAUAGCUGGGCCACACAUCGCGUACACGGAAGCCGUCAGUGACACGCAGAUCAUGCUCAAGUGGACGUACAUUCCAUCAAUUAACAAUAAUACUCCCAUUCAAGGAUUUUAUAUCUAUUACCGACCAACAGAUAGCGACAACGACAGUGAUUACAAGAGGGAUAUUGUAGAAGGUUCAAAACAGUGGCACAUGAUUGGCCAUCUGCAGCCCGAGACCUCCUAUGAUAUUAAAAUGCAAUGCUUCAAUGAAGGGGGAGAAAGCGAGUUUAGUAACGUGAUGAUCUGUGAAACGAAAGUGAAACGUGUUCCCGGAGCCUCCGAGUAUCCUGUCAAAGACCUGAGCACCCCUCCGAGUGCCCCUGGCGGGGGUGGACCCGUGGGGCCCGCGGCCAGCCCAGCCCGAAGCAGCGAUAUGCUGUAUCUGAUCGUGGGCUGUGUGCUGGGCGGCAUGGUCCUCAUCCUCAUGAUCUUCAUCGCCAUGUGCCUGUGGAAGAACCGCCAGCAGAGCACCGUCCAGAAGUAUGACCCCCCAGGAUAUCUCUAUCAAGGAUCUGAUCUCAACGGGCAGAUGGUGGAGUACACCACCCUGCCUGGCACCAACUGCAUCAAUGGAAAUGUUCAUGGAAGCUUCCGGAGCAAUGGGGGUCUCAGCAAUGGCUGCUCCCAUCUUCACCACAAGGUUCCUAAUGGAGUCAACGGGAUCAUGAACGGGGCCUUAAAUGGAGGGCUGUACACCGGUCAUGCAAACUCUCUCAGCAGGACGCAUGUGGCCUUUGAACAUCCUCGUCAUCUGGUGAAUGGUGGUGGUGUGUACACUGCGGUCCCCCAGACGGACCCACUGGAAUGCUUUAACUGUCGGAACUGUCGGAACAACAACAGGUGUUUCACCAAAGCGAGUAGCACUUUCAGCGUCAGUCCCCUUCCUGUGCUCCCAGUGGCUACCCCUUGUCCUCAGGAAGGAAUGGAAAUGAAACCACUAGGUCAUUUGAAGAUGCCUGGAUGUCUGGCCUCCACAGUCCCCAGCUGUGGCCAAGCCCCUGAGGAGCAAGUCAGUGAAGACGUGGCACCAACACCCACUCAGCAAACUUGCUGUCAGUACAGUAGACACGAGAUCAGCCCUGACAGCUCGGAAGAUACAGCAGAGUGCAGCACAGGAGACAGCUGUGUGCAUUUGGAAACAGAGAAUAAAAUGCUAAGUUGGAAUCAUCUUAUUCUGCCCCCCGUCUCAAAGGACUGUACGGAAAAGGCAUGGUCUCCAGAUACUCCACUGGGCAGCCCUCCGGGGGUCCUUCAGCAACCCCAGGAAACCUGAACAUGUGCAGACAGCUAGCCAGGUCCCAAUUCAAGCCAGUCCCUGCCCAGAACAGACCUGGGGAUGGACUGUGUGAAGGACAGCAGUUCAAAUCCGAGAGAACCGUUAUUUAUUUUUGUAUUUUUUUUUUUGCAGUAGUGAUGUCAUUUGAAUGUAUCCUACACAUGUGCCCGUUUAUAUUAUUUAUACCUAAAGAUUUUCCCUCCCUGUUUCUUCUUCCCUUCUGUGGAAAACAGUCCAGUCUUGCGUAAUUCCCACCAUCCAGAGGGAGGGGCAAGGAUCUUCCCCUGGGCUCCAGGAACCCCCUGACAGUCAGCAGCCUUCCUCUGCCAGGAGCCAGCCCUUGAGCUGAUUCAGCCACGCAGGGGCUAAUUGCCGGGGCCGUUCGGGUUUCCAGCUGGAACGCUGCCUCUCAAUGGUCUUACCAGACUUUCUGAGAGUCGCGGUUGAAAUCAGCCCUGGUUGUAACCUGCUCUUUCUUGCAGCAGGUCUUAGGGAUUUGGUGAGUGGUGGCUGGCCUGUCGGCCCGUGAGGAUGAGCUGUGUUCCAUUUU